GCUUCUAAGUAGAGGGCAGCGAGGCAGCAGCUAUCUAUAUGUAUACCUAUACGCUAUAUGUACAUAUUGACGCUUUGAUGCUGUCAACGUUGCCUCGGACGAUGUCGUCGCGGAGUACGUGAGGACAAAUCUGGUAAGAACAGCAACGCCAGGACCGCCCGAGCAAGAGCAUGCUUGCGUCGCAGAGCUAGGAGGUUUCGCUGCAGCUGCGUUCUCCCGCUUUAUUGCUGCAGGGGUCAAGUCUGCGUCAAUAUCCUUCCUUUCUGCUUUGGUAUAAGUGCAAUGAAAUAAGGCCUCACAAUGAUGGGAGAUCAGUUUCGCACCAAAGUGGAGCAGUACUCGCCAAAAUCCUCUCCAAGGGGUGCUCGUUCUCCUGUUGUUUCCAGACAGGAUUCAACGGGGACUUUGAAGACAACUAUUUCACUUGGAAAAAAUCCAUCCAUUGUUCAUAGUGGACCAUUUUAUUUGAUGAAAGAACCACCUGGGGAAAGCGAAUUAACAGGAGCCAGGAAUUUAAUGACCUAUUAUGGUCUGGAGCAUUCCUAUAGCAAAUUUAGCGGAAAAAAACUUAAAGAGCAAUUGUCUUCAUUUUUGCCAAAUUUACCAGGUAUCAUUGAUACACCUGGUGACCAAGAUAAUAGUUCUUUAAGAUCUGUGAUUGAGAAGCCUCCAAUUGGAGGGAAAGAACUUGUUCCAUUGACAAGUGUUCAGUUGGCUGGCUUUAGGCUACACCCAGGCCCGUUACCCGAGCAGUACAGAUACAUUAACCAAGCCCCUCAAAGAAAGCACAAGAAUAAACACAAGAAGCACAAGCACAAACCUGGUGAAAUUCCUAGUGGGCAGGAGACAACAGUAACAGAUAUUGGGGGCGUCGAUACGCAUGAGAAGAAGCACAAGAAACAAAAGCGGCAUGACGAAGAAAAAGAAGCGCGGAAAAAGCGUAAAAAGGAGAAGAAACGAAAAAAGCAAAAGCACAGCCCUGAACAUUCUGGAGGGCUGACGCCAUCGCAACAUUCGAAUUCGUGAUCUUCAAGUGACCAUUUUAUUUCGACUGUUAUUUGUGAAGAGUCUUCCUCUUUAUCGAACAUGGCUUUUGAAUAAGUAGUUUAUUUUAAGAAGAAAAUUAUUUUUCGGUUCUACGUAAGGAUAUCAUUUAUUCGUAAAUUUUAUAGUUCUGUAAUCGACGAUUCAUGAUUUUGGUCUGUCAUUUUUGACUUCGAAAAGUGAUGCUAUUAUUUUUUCCAUCAAGUUCUGUCAAGAUGUCACACGUCACGUUUUCAUUUAAUUUCCUCAAGCGUAAUCCUUGUAAAUAAAUAGUAUAAUUAAAUAUAUUUUCCAUCUUGUUCUUCUAGUACAGAUAAUUUGUUGAAUGAAUUGUGACCAGUUUGUGAAAUUCGCAAAUGAAACGGAAGCCAACAUAAACAACGUUUGUAAAUACAAGUAAAAGCAUUACUUGGCAUAAUUAAGAAUAAUUUAGCAAGUAUUUGUACAUAAUUGGUUAACCAAGUACAACCAAUUAUUAUGUCUAAUAUCUUGGAAAUAAAUUGUAAUAUUUAUAAUGGUAAUUAAUCAAGGAAAAGGGUUUUGUCUUGAAUAAAAAGAAAACCACUUGAUUCUUAA